AUGUCAGACCUUUUUGUUCAACUUUCUGCUCCAAACGGCUGCACAUGGUUGCAGCCAACAGGUCUUUUCAUCAACAAUGAAUGGGUCAAGUCGUCCAACGGCCAUAAGAUCGCCAGCAUCAAUCCUGCAACUUCAGAAGAAAUUAUCUCUGUCUAUGGAGCUACCGCAGAGGAUGUUGACAAAGCUGUCAAGGCCGCUAGGGCUGCCCUGACAGACCCUACCUGGAGGGAUCUCUCCGGAUUGGAGCGAGGAAAACUGAUGAGUCGACUGGCGAAGCUCAUCGAGGACAACCGGGAGACACUUGCUACGAUUGAUACCAUCGACAACGGGAAGCCUUAUACGGUUGCCUUGAACGAAGAUCUUACCGAGACAGCCGAGACCAUUCGAUACUAUUCCGGUUUCGCAGACAAAGUGUUCGGCCAGGUGAUUCCAACAAAUGCAGACAAAUUUGCAUACACCGUGCGAGAGCCGGUUGGGGUUUGUGGACAGAUCAUCCCAUGGAACUACCCCCUUGCUAUGGCAGCGUGGAAACUAGGGCCUGCGUUGGCGUGUGGCAACACCGUCGUCUUGAAGCCCGCCGAGCAAACGCCUCUCUCUGCUCUUUUUCUGGCCAAUCUGAUUGUGGAAGCUGGGUUCCCACCCGGCGUAGUAAACAUUGUCAAUGGAUACGGAUCAAUCGCGGGUGCCGCGCUUGCGUCUCACAUGGAGGUCGAUAAAAUCGCUUUCACUGGAAGCACCGAGACCGCGAGGCAUAUCAUGAAAAUGGCAAGUGGGAAUCUGAAAAAUAUCACCAUGGAGACUGGAGGUAAAAGCCCUCUGAUCGUGUUCAACGACGCCGAUCUAACGGAGGCCGUGAAAUGGGCUCAUUGGGGCAUCAUGUCCAACCAGGGACAGGCCCAGGUGAAGAACGUCUCCAAGGUCGGUGAUCCUUUUGACGCUAGUACCUUCCAAGGCCCUCAGGUGACCCGAGCUCAAUAUGACCGCGUCAUGUCCUAUGUUCGCAUGGGACAGGCAGAGAAAGCCACCCUGCUAUGCGGUGGCAAACCAGUCAAGGAUAUCGGGAAUGGAAAAGGCUUCUACAUCGAGCCCACAGUCUUCACGGAUGUCUCCCCCGAGAUGCGCAUCUACAGAGAAGAGAUCUUUGGUCCCGUCGCGGUAAUUGCUCGCUUCGCCACCGAUGAGGAGGCAAUCAGGAUGGCAAAUGACAGUACUUAUGGACUAGGAGGUGCUAUUUUCACGACAAAUCUGACGCGUGCCCAUCAAGUCGCGGGUAGGGUUGAGGCUGGUACGGUGUGGAUCAAUUUCAGUAACGUUGGGGAUUGGCGUGUCCCAUUUGGCGGCGUUAAGCAGAGCGGUAUUGGUCGUGAACUGGGACAAGCUGGUCUCGAUGAAUAUACGAACAUUAAGGCUGUUCAUGUCAAUGUCCAGUCUAAGCUAUGA